AUGGCGGAACCACAGAUCGCAUAUGCUCAGGACGAGUACGGUCGUCCCUUCAUCGUCGUUCGUGAGCAGGGCAAAAAGACCCGUGCCAACGGCAUCCAGGCCAUCAAGAACCACAUCUCGGCAGCCAAGACGGUCGCCAACAUCCUCAAAACUUCGCUCGGUCCACGUGGUCUCGACAAGAUCCUCAUCAGCCCCGAUGGCGACAUCCAAGUCACCAACGAUGGCGCCACCAUCAUGAACAACAUGGAGCUCGAACACCAGAUCGCCAAACUGCUCGUCGAGUUGAGCAAGAGUCAGGACGACGAGAUCGGAGACGGAACCACCGGCGUCGUCGUCCUCGCAGGUGCGCUGCUCGAGCAGUCCGAGGCUUUGCUUGACCGAGGCAUCCACCCCAUUCGUAUCGCAGAUGGUUUCGAGCGUGCCUGCAACCUCGCAGUCCAGGAGCUUGAAAAGGUCGCCGACGUGGUCGAAUUCGACAAGGACAACAUCGAUGAGCUCAUGAAGGUCGCAAAGACGUGCCUCGGCUCCAAGAUCGUCUCCAAAGCUUCGGACAAGUUUGCCAAGAUCGCCGUCGACUCGGUGCUCUCGGUAGCAGACCUCAAGCGACGCGAUGUGGAUUUCGAGCUGAUCAAAGUCGACGGAAAGGUGGGAGGCGCAUUGGAAGACACACAGCUCGUACAGGGCGUCGUCAUCGACAAGGACAUGUCUCAUCCGCAGAUGCCUCGUGUCGUCAAAGACGCCAAGAUCGCCAUCCUCACAUGUCCCUUCGAACCACCCCGUCCCAAGACCAAGCACAAGCUCGACAUUACCUCGGUGGAAGAGUACCGCAAAUUGCAGGACUACGAACGACAGAAGUUCGAAGAGAUGAUCAAGCGCGUCAAAGACUGUGGAGCCAACCUGGUCGUCUGCCAAUGGGGUUUCGAUGACGAAGCUAACCACCUCUUGCUGCAACACGAAUUGCCCGCCGUCCGAUGGGUCGGCGGACCCGAGCUGGAACUCAUCGCCAUCGCCACCAACGGACGCAUCGUGCCACGAUUCGAGGAUCUAUCACCCGAAAAGCUCGGUCGCGCAGGCGUCGUCCGCGAAGUGGGGUUCGGUACCACGCGCGAUCGCAUGCUCAUCAUCGAGGAAUGCGCCAACACGCGCGCCGUCACCGUCUUUGUCCGAGGCUCCAACAAGAUGAUCAUCGACGAAGCCAAACGCGCGCUGCACGAUGCCAUCUGCGUGGUGCGAAACCUGGUCGUCGACAACCGAGUCGUGUACGGUGGAGGAGCCGCCGAGAUUUGCGCUUCGGUGGCCAUCUCCAAGGCGGCGGACGAGAUCGCUUCGUUGGAGCAGUACGCGAUGCGAGCGUUUGCCUCGGCGUUGGAUGCCAUCCCGCUGGCGCUGGCCGAGAACUCGGGCUACUCGCCCAUCGAGACCUUGGCCGAGGUCAAGUCGAGGCAGGUGACGGAGAAGAACCCCAAGUUGGGCAUCGACUGCAUGGGCGCGGGGGACAACGACAUGAAGAACUGCCGCGUGUUUGACCCGCUGGUUUCCAAGAGGCAGCAGCUGCUGUUGGCGACACAGCUGGUGAGGGCGGUGCUCAAGAUCGACGAUGUGAUCGAACAACAUAACAUCGAGUAG